UGCCCCUCCGGCCCAUGCAUGCCCAGGGAUGAUCCUCUCCACCUUGUCCCUCACCGGGCCGCCGCCGCCCAGCGAUUGGUCGGCUCUGCAACGUCCUAAUCAGAAAGAUCUCAAUUAUUUGCAGCAAUGGCUGGAAGCGUUUGUGACCAACUUCGAGAAGAUCAUUUCCGUUCACACUCUGGAGCCGAGGAGACCUGAAGAUUCCUCCUCGGAGAUCCCGGUCUUACCCCGCGAUGUCCUCCAAGUCCUGAGCCAGCAGCUGGGUCACUGUGCUGAGGAUUUGAAGGAACCGGCCAGCUUGAACCAGGCCCUCCUCCUCCUGAAAUUCUUCAUCAUCAUCAGCAGGAAGUGGAAAAUUACCGGAUCCACAAAUCCAACCAGCGAGGAAGAGGAGGAGCUCCGACCUCUGACGGAGAAAGUCACCAUCUACGCUCUGCACUUGUGUGAGUGUCUCUUCGAUCCAUACCAGACGUGGCGGAGACAGCUCGGGGGGGAAAUUGUAAGCGCGAAAGAGAAAAGUAAAUACAAGUUUUCCCCGGCGUCCCUUUCCCCGGAAUUCUGCAGCUUCUUCCAAGAUGCCUUCCACAAUGGGGACAGCCUGCCCGAACUGGUCAAACUGCGCCUGGUCCACCUCUACGGAGCCAUUAUUACCGGAUAUAAGACCAACGCGCUCCUCCUCAUCAGCCCGUCCUCCGUAGAGGUCCUCAUGCUGGUCCUGCAGAGUUGGUGCGUCGCUCAGGGCGCCCGGGACCUGCACAUCGUACAGCUGGCUCUGAACUGUCUGAUCUCCAUGAUCCACAUCCUGCACAGCAGCAGCCCCAGCCAGAGGAGGGUGGACAUCCGCCACAUCCUAGACAGCUACUUCAAGAUCCUCAACUGCGACCGGCCCCUGUACUCCGCCGAAAGAUUAGCGGGGCCACACUGGGAGGAGGGGCUCCUGACACUGCGGAUCCACAUGCUGCGGGCCAUCCCGGAGAUGCUGAACUGCCACGAUCGGCCGGUGCUGCAGGCCAUAUUCCUCAGCAAUAACUGCUUCGAGCACAUCAUCCGCCUCAUCCAGAACAGCAAGCUUUAUUUGAGCAGUGGUCGCAGUGCGGAGGAGAGCGAUCUGACCACUCAGUUACUGACCGAGCGUGACAUCACGAAGGUCAUCGACUCCGAUUCAGAUUCCAUCACGGUGAACGCUAUCGGCGUUCUGACCUCCAUCAUGAGGAAUUCUCCGUCUGCCAAGGAAGUCUUUAAGGAGCGGAUUGGUUACCCUCAGCUCUACGAGGUUCUGAAGAGUCGUAGUCAGCCGACCAAAUGUCUCCUCCAGCAGCUACUGAACAUGGCUCUGGAAGGUGUUUACAAUCCCGAUUACGUCGGCUGCAUAGAAAACGAGCAGCCGCUGCUGAUCCUGGUCCAGUGGAUCCCAGAACUGGCUCCCAGGGACCUCCAGGUCCUGGUGUCCGAGAGGCUGAAUCAGAUCUGCGACUCCUCCCUGCGGAACCGCAUGACGUGCGUCCAGGCCGGGAUGGUCGGCCACAUCCUGACGGCGCUCGGCAGCGUGAAGGCGCUAGACGCGAAAUGUGCGGAGAACCUGAUCCGCCUCCUGCAGGUGCUGGGCCGCCUGUCCAUCAAACCCACCGAGCUGCGGGAACUCGUCAAACUGCUCCGGACCGAGGGCGGCAGCGCCCACCCUUACGCCGCGCAGGUCAUCCGGGCGCUGUCCGCCAUGGCGAGGAAGGACGGGCCGGAGCGGGCGCUGCAGUAUUUCGAUUUGACCCCCAGCAUGUCCGGGAUCAUGGUGCCCACCAUGCAGAAGUGGCCCGGCACCGGGUUUGCCUUCCACGCCUGGGUGUGUCUGAACGAAGACUCCGGGGAGGAGCUGGUGACGGGGAGGAAACGCAAACAGCUCUAUAGUUUCUUUGCAGCCAGCGGUACCGGCUUUGAGGCGUUCUUCACCGCGGACGGGAUGCUGGUGGUGGCGGUUUGUACCAAGAAGGAGUACAUGACGGUGGCAGUCCCCGAAUUACACUUCAAUGACUCGGUGUGGCACUGCGUGGACAUUGUUCACAUCGCUGGACGCCGACCCUUUGGCCAGAAUAUGGUGAACAUCUACGCCGACGGGCAGCUCCGGAAGGUGGCGCAGCUUCGCUUUCCGUCACUCAAUGAGUCUUUCACAUCUUGCUGCAUCGGGUCAGCCGGUCACCGUACCACCACCACCGUCUCCACCUCUCCAUCCCAUACUCCGGACCUCACCUUCGCCUCGCACUCCGCGCUCAGCCGCUCUCAGUCCUUUCCGGCCACCUCCGCGGGGCACAGCUGGGGGGCGAGCGGCGCACAGAACCCGCGGGAGGGUUUGGUGUCCACCAAAGUAGCCGGAACCCAGGACACGGAGUGGGGCACACCGACCUCACUAGAGGGCCAUCUGGGCACCGUGUCCAUCUUCCAUGAUACCAUCCAGCAGUCUCAUGUGAAGGCCCUGUACUCGGCCGGACCGAACUACGUGACGCCUUUCAUCCCGGACAGCGAAUUCUCGGAGCUCGGUGCCAAACUCCUCCUCUUCUAUACGCCGCAGGCUUCCAAAAACAAUAUUUGCUUGGACCUGUCACCCAGCCACGCGUUUCACGGGAGGCUGACGGGCCACAGGGUCAUCACGUGGGAUGUGAAGGACGUGGUGACCUGCGUCGGAGGGAUGGGCGUUCUGCUUCCUCUGCUCAAACAGGUGGGAUUGCAGACCACAGAAGCUCCAGACGCCCAGGAGACCCAUGACCUGGUGGGCCCCGAACUCACCUCCUCCAGGAACGCCCAGUCCAUGCAGCUCCCUCUGGGGAAAUCCUCAGAGAGCCGGUUGGAGAGGAACGGAGUGGCGGCUUUCCUACUCAUGGUCAAGAAUUUCAUUCAGCACCAUCCGGCCAAUCAGGAGAGCCUCCUGCAGUGUGUCGGGCCGGCCAUCAUAGGCGCUCUGCUGCAAAAGGUGUCCCCUCUCGUCCUGGACAUGAAUGUGCUGAUGGCAUCUCAGAUGUUGAUGGACCAGGUCGCGUCGGAAGGUCACAAUUACCUCCUCCAUCACCUCUACCAGCACCUGCUCUUCGACGUCCGAAUCUGGUGCAACAGCGACUUCGCCGUCCGCCUGGGUCACAUCCAGUUUUUGUCAUCCAUCAUGAAAGACCACAAGCAGAGAGUUCGCAGGAAGUACGGCGUGCAGUACAUUCUGGACUCGGUCAGGAGGCAUUAUGGGACACAGAAAGAGGACCAGAUCACCGAGGACAAUGUGAAGACCGUCCAGAUGUCCCUCUUCAGCCUGACCAACGACUUCCUGGCCAAGAAUCUGAAUGCCGAGGAUCUGCACAGUGUGAUCAACUACACCGCGACUGUGAAUGAUGAGGAGCAGGUAUGUGGGAUCCUGGACGUCAUCCACAGCCUGCUGAAAGCCAACAUCAGCAACGAGCAGCUGUACGCCUUCCUGCUGGAGCAGGGCAACGUGGACGUCUUCUACUACCUGCUGGUCCAGAAGAGGUUCUCCGACCAGCUGAGGGAGAAAGUGUUCAAGAUCCUCUACAAGUUAAUCAAAUACGAGAAGGUCAGUGAUCGGCUCAAGGUUCGUCUGAAGCUGAAGGAAAUCGGAUACCAUGGAUUCAUCUCCUUCCUGAAUGACCUUCCCGUGUCGAUGCUGCUGAUCCGCUGCCUCUCCGAACAGGUCUUGGGCUCCGAUUUAACACCUAAUUACAGGGACCUGCUGGCGGUGGUUUAUCUGUCGCACAGAGCAGAGCUCUCGGUCAAGCUGGACGUCUGCAGGAAGCUCUUCCACCUGAUCUACUCCCAGCAAGACAUUGUGCGUCAGCUGGCCAAGCAGACCGGCUGGCAGGAUAUACUGACCAAACUCUACAUCAAGGAGUCGUAUGAGACCAAGCCGCGUUUCCUGAGCAGCCCGAUGUACGGCGGCAAUGCGUGCCCAUUGAAACGCAUGGGCAGCAGCAAGGACUCGGAGCCGGGAGCUUGCAAGGACACCGGUCACGGGGGGGCGGCCGACAACACCGACGCGGACGCCGUAUUUCCGAUGGGCUUCGAGGCUUCGGAGUUGGACUUCUCUGAAGGCUUCUCUGACCACUCCCUGUCUCCGGCGGCCAGAGGGAAACCCUUCCACUCUUACAAUUUCAAGUCGUUUGACUCCUCGGACCAGGCCAGUCACUCCUCCUCCUCCAACCUCGUCGACGUCCCCGGCUCGGAGGAGGCCAGCUGCGUCGACGGGCCCCCCUUUGACAAUGUCUACCAGCCGUUGUCACCGUUCUCCAUGUCUCCCUUCGACAUGCGGCUGGACCUGGGCAGCUCCAGCUCCGCGGCCACCAUGGAGAGCGGGAACCAGACGCCCGUCAGUCAGCCGGGGACGCCGUCCCCGCUGGAGAACUUCAAGCCUUUCCCCGGGAUGAGAGUCCGGAAGAGUUCCAGCUUGUCCAAUGUGCUGGAUGAGAACAGCUACCAAGAGACGCUACCCAGCGACACCAUCUCCAAUACCAGCAACCCUCAGACCCCUGAAGAAGAGCUCUGCAACCUCCUCACCAACAUCAUCUUCUCGGUCACCUGGAGGGGGGUGGAAGGCUUUGAGGACGCGGCGUGGAAGGAGCGCGGUCAGGUCUUCUCGGUCCUCACUAAGCUCGGAUCGGCCUGCGAGUUGGUGAGACCUCCGGAUGAAAUCAAGCGAAGCCUGCUGGAGAUGAUGUUGGAGUCGGCUUUUACGGACAUUAAGGAGGCCUCCUCCUCCACCCUGCCGGGCCUCAUCCAGAAUGUGCUGAAGCUGCUGAGACUUCUCCAAGAUUUCCUCUUUUCGGAAGGAAACAGCAACCAGGUCCUCUGGAGUGAGAAGAUCUUUGAAGGAGUCAGCAACUUGCUGGACAAGUUGGGAGUUUGGUACUACUUGGUAAAUGGGGCGUCGGACCUGAAAGAGAUGGCUCAGAUUGGGCUCCGGAUCAUCGUAGGAUUCAUCAAGUUAGAUGAUCAGCAGAUGCAUUCAUCGGCCUAUGUGAAGCUGCACAGCCUCCUGCAAAGUGCCUCCUCGCUGAAGAAGGAAGAGGCCUGUUUCCUGCUGGGGAGCCUCCAAACUCCGCUUCUGAACUCCCUCAAUGCCAAGACCGAGACCUUCUCCUGCCUGGUGCCCAUUAUCCGCACGCUGAUGGACCAGUGCUUCGAGCUGCUACAGCUGCAGGAACAUCUGCCAUCUCUGCCGCCUACUAAUGGAAGCCCGACCUUCUAUGAGGACUUUCAUGGUUUUUGCACCACCACCGAGUGGAGGCUCUUCAUUGAGAAUCAUGUCCAGCCCAUCAUGGAGCAGUUUGAGGACACAUUUAAGAAAGGUCACCACCAGAUGUCAUCCUUCUGGAACUCGUGCUAUGAUGCACUUAUGAGCAGCUCGUUAAGAAGGGAGGCGGAGAAGGGAGAAAGCAAAGCCAAAUUUCAGGAGCUGAUCCUGGAGCCGGUUAUGAAGAGGAUGCAGCGCGAGAAUAUCAGAUACAACAGCGUGCUGAAACAGAUCAACAGCCACCAUAACACGGUACUGAGACAAUGGAAAUCUCUGCUGCGCCUGCUGACCUGUCCUCGCGGUGCCUGGGCUGAUCGGAACCCAGCGGAGGUUCAGUGGAAGUUGUCCAACGUGGAGACUUAUUCCAGGAUGCGGCUGAAGCUGGUGCCAAAUUACAACUUUGAUGCUCACACGGAAUCCAGCGCACUCCGCGACAACCUUGGUACUGACCACCGUCAGUUACUCACAGAUUCUUUCCCGCUUGCUGUGGCGAAGGAAGCGAAGGUGAACGAGAUGGAGGACGACCAGCUGGCUGAGGAGGAUUUGUUAAAUAUUUAUCCUGGGGAGACCAAAGAGCCAAACCAGAAGGAGAAGUUGGUGAUUUCGGAGGACUGCGAGCUGAUCACCGUCGUGGACGUCAUUCUUGGGCGGCUGGAGGUCACCACGCAGCACAUUUACUUCUAUGAUCUGAGCAGUGAGAAGCAGGAGACGGAAGAGGGAAUUGGUUACGAUUUCAAGCGGCCGCUCUCGCAGCUCCGCGAGGUCCACCUGCGUCGCUAUAAUCUGCGAAGGUCGGCUCUGGAGUUCUUUUUCAUCGACCAAGCCAAUUACUUUGUCAACUUUAAGAAAAAGGUCAGGAACAAAGUGUAUUCCCGAAUACUGAGCUUACACCCCCCCAACCAGUAUCUGUUUGGCGGCCGUUCUCCACAGGAGCUUCUGCGAGACUCGGGCCUCACCCAGAAAUGGAUGUUUAGGGAGAUCUCGAACUUUGAGUACCUGAUGCAGCUGAAUACAAUCUCCGGGAGGACCUACAACGAUCUAUCUCAGUACCCAGUGUUCCCCUGGAUUCUGCAGGACUAUGUCUCGGAAACACUGGACUUGGAUAACCCUGAGGUGUUCCGUGACCUCUCCAAACCCAUCGGGGUGGUAAACGAGCGGCAUGCCCGAGAGGUGAAAGAGAAGUACGAGAGCUUUGAGGACCCCACUGGUACCGUUGACAAGUUCCAUUACGGGACUCACUACUCGAACGCGGCGGGAGUGAUGCAUUAUAUGAUUCGGAUGGAGCCGUUCACCACCCUGCACAUCCAGCUGCAGAGCGGACGGUUUGAUUGUUCGGACCGUCAGUUCCACUCCAUCCCAGCCGCCUGGCAAGCCCGAAUGGAGAACCCUGUGGAUGUGAAGGAAUUAAUUCCAGAGUUCUUCUAUUUCCCCGAGUUCCUGGAGAACGCCAACGGUUUUGAUCUCGGCUGCCUCCAGAUGUCCAAUGGAAAGGUGGAUGACGUGGUGUUACCGCGAUGGGCUUCGUCACGGGAAGAUUUAAUCUACAAGCACCGGAAGGCCCUGGAAUCGGAGUAUGUGUCAGAACAUCUCCACGAGUGGAUAGACCUGGUUUUCGGCUACAAGCAGAGGGGUGAAGCCGCCGUGGAGGCCCUGAAUGUGUUUUAUUAUUGCACUUACGAAGGUGUGGUAGACCUGGACGCCAUUGCGGAUGAGACGGAGAGGAAAGCGCUGGAAGGAAUUAUCAGUAAUUUUGGUCAGACCCCGUGCCAGCUUCUCAAGGAGCCGCACCCAGCACGUAUGACCGCGGAGAAUGCAGCGCGGCGCCUGUCCCGGCUGGACACCUUUUCACCCAAUCUGUUUGAGAGGUUAUCGGAGCUGAAAACAUUUUUCGUGGAGGUGAGGACAGAGGUUCCACUUGUCCUGACAGUGGUCCCCAAAAAUCAGGCUCAUUUCUUCAUGACUCAGCGCUCCCCGGAUGUUCUGGUCACGAUUAGUGCCAACGGACUUCUGGGGACUCAUGGCUGGUUGCCUUAUGACCGGAACUUCUCCAAUUACUUCACCUUCACCAAGGACCCCACUGUCUCCAACGUCAAGACGCAGCGCUUCCUCCCCGGACCCUUCGCUCUUGGAGCUGAGCUUUCCUCCACGACUCUGGUGGUCUCUCCUGAUGCCAAAUUACUGUUUAGCGGAGGACACUGGGACAACAGCCUACGCGUCACGUCUCUGAGCAAAGGGAAAGUCAUCAAUCACAUCACCCGUCACAUUGAUGUGGUGACAUGCCUGGCAUUGGACUUGUGUGGUAUGUACCUCAUUUCCGGCUCGCGGGACACCACGUGCAUUGUGUGGGAGGUUCUACAGCAGGGGGCAGCACAGCACCCCCACUUCUCCUGCGGACUGUCCCCGAAGCCGGUGCAGGUGCUCUAUGGGCACAGCGAUGAGGUCACUUGUGUGGCGAUCAGUACGGAGCUGGACAUGGCCGUCUCUGGUUCUAAGGACGGCACGGUCAAUGUAUACACCAUUCGGCGGGGGCAGUUUAUGAGGUGUAUUAAGCCCCCCUGUGAGAGUUCCCUUCCACUGACCGUAUCCCACAUGGCUGUGGGUUUCGAGGGGCAGAUUGUGUUCCAGAGCACCAUCGAAGGCCGGAGCUCCCUCAAGGAGAAGUUCGCUCUGCACUUGUACUCGGUGAACGGGAAGAACUUGUCAUCGGUCUCUCUGGAUGAGCAGGUGUCGGCACUUUGUAUCACCCAGGAAUUUGUGGUUCUCGGCACGGCACAAUGUUCCCUACAGAUCCGAGAUCUCCGCAGCCUCGCUCUGGCCGUCAGUCCGCUGCCGAUGAAGGUCCCGGUGCACUGCGUGUCUGUCACCAAGGAGAACAGCCAUAUCCUGGUGGGUCUGGAGGACGGGAAGCUGAUUGUGGUGGGAGCCGGGCAGCCGCUGGAGGUGAAGAGCGGGCAGUUUACGAGGAAGCUUUGGGGCUCCACACGCCGCAUAUCGCAAGUCUCCUCCGGAGAGACAGAAUACAGGCCGACGGAGACCAAGUGAACCAUAAGAAGACCUCGCUUGUGGUCUGCAGUAAAUACUUUGCC